AAGAGAAUAGUCAGGAGGGAGAUGCAGCGAGACUCAAGUGGAAGCCCAAGGUACAAGGUUGUCCUAGAGCCGGAAGUAUCAUGCGGUGUGUGUGUGCAGAGGGACCACAGACUCCUGGCCUGCACCACCGCCCUGGUUUUCCUGUGACAGGAUGGUGUCCUGAUAUGUGAGAGGCUAAAAGGCUCGUCAGCAACUGCUUUAUCAGCAGUAACAUCCAGCGUUUGCUUAACCGAGCUUCUGGGAAUGGCAAGGAAAUUUGAUCGCUGAGACCACCCCAGGGCCCCAUGCUCUGCCCUGCACGUUCUGGUUUUUGUUCUUAUUUUGUCUUCCAGGUCAAAGAUGAGUUCAAAGAUAUUUCCAUAUACUUCUCCAAAAAAGAAUGGGCAGAGAUGGGAGAGUGGGAGAAAAUUCGCUAUAGGAACGUGAAAAAGAACUAUAAGAUGCUGGUUUCUAUAGGUCUCAAAGCCCCUAGACCAGCUUUCAUGUGUUACCAAAGGCAAGCGAUCAGGCCCCAGAUAGAAGACAGUGAGGAUUCUGAUGAAGAAUGGACACCCAAGCAGCAAGUUAGUCCUCCUUGGGUGCCUUUCCGAGUGAAGCACACCAAACAGCAGAAGGAAGCACCUGGAAUGCCAUUAAGUAGUGAAUCUAAUGUGAAGAAAGUGCCUGGAAUAGAAAAUUUGCUGGAUACAAGUGGUUCAGAACUUGCCCAGAAACCAGUGUCCUCUUCUGGAGAAGGAAAUGCCUCUGGACAGCACUCUGGACAAAAACCAAAACCAAGGAGAAAGAAGGCUGAAGUGAAGAUGUACAGUCUGCGAGAGAGGAAGGACCUUGCCUAUGAAGAGGUCGGCGAGCCCCAGGACGAUGACUACCUCUAUUGCGAGAAGUGCCAGAAUUUCUUCAUCAACAGUUGUCCCAACCAUGGGCUUCCUAUAUUUAUAAAAGACAGUGAAGUGGACGGGGGGCAUCCCAACCGCUCAGUCCUCAGUCUGCCCCCUGGACUGAGAAUUGGUCCAUCCGGCAUCCCUGAGGCUGGACUUGGAGUAUGGAAUGAAGCAUCUGACCUGCCCGUGGGCCUGCACUUUGGCCCCUAUAAAGGCCAGAUCACAGACGAUGAAGAGGCAGCCAACAGUGGCUACUCCUGGCUGAUCACCAAGGGGAGAAACUGCUGUGAGUAUGUGGAUGGGCAGGACGAGUCCCAGGCCAACUGGAUGAGGUAUGUGAACUGUGCCCGGGAUGAUGAGGAGCAGAACCUGGUGGCCUUUCAGUACCACAGACAGAUCUUCUACCGAACUUGCCGGGUCAUCAGACCAGGUUGUGAGCUUCUGGUCUGGUAUGGGGAUGAGUACGGCCAGGAACUGGGCAUUCAGUGGGGAAGCAAGAGGAAGAAAGGACUCACAACAGGAAGAGGUAGGCACUGCUGUGGUUCCUUAAAAAGAAAAAAAGAAAAGAAGGAAUUCUCCUUGAAAAUUUUUGUGUUUCAACUCUUUUUUUUAAAAAAAUGA